AGUGUGUGGUGACUCGGGCGGAGUCGGUUUUACUGUCGGGAAACGAGCACAGUUGUUAAGUAAAAUAUUUUUUUUAAAGAAGCUAAUUUAGAUGGAUGGUUAAAAUUUAACUUACUACUGGACGUUACUUCCCCGAAGACUCGUCUUAUGAAGUGCUUUAUAGCUCUUGGCGUGGUUGGAUUUCUUGGAGAGCUGCGUAAACUGGAGUUACGGGAAGCGAAGGAGAUUUUCUCGGCCCUGGCUAUCAUGAACGGGACCCUUACAACUUGCUAAAGUUCGCAGAAAUUCAUCAGUUCCUUUCGGUUUUCAUCAUUUCUUGCAAGGUUUGAAUUACUCUUUUUAGAUCACUGGGAGCAGGCCUCACACAGAUGGGAAGAGUCUGUAUGAAGCACCUUGAAGGUGCACCCAAUCAUUGGACUAUCAGUUUCACAUAAUCUGAUGUUGCAAACAGACUGUCAAGUGUGGAUGGGGAUGAAAAUAAAGGCUUUAAGUCUUUGGAUAAAAUCUUUUAACUUAUUUGACUCUCAAAUAAGUAGUGGUUCUGAUUGAUAGUUGAUAGUUUUUGUGACAACACAAAAGUUGGAAACAACAGCGUCAAAAUGAGUGCAGAAGGAUAUCAGUACAGAGCACUGUAUGACUAUAAGAAGGAGAGGGAGGAGGAUAUUGACCUGCAUGUAGGGGACAUUCUUACAGUCAAUAAAGGUGCAUUACUUGCACUUGGCUACAUGGAGGGAAUGGAGGAGAGACCAGAUGAAGUUGGUUGGCUGCCUGGCUUUAAUGAAACCACCCAGGAAAAGGGGGACUUUCCUGGAACGUAUGUUGAGUUCAUCGGCAAGAAAAAGAUUUCUCCACCAACUCCUAAACCGAGACCUCCAAGGCCUCUACCGGUUGCCCCAGGGCCCACAAGACAAGACUCGGAUUCUGAGCAAAGCUUGAGCACUCUGUUAGACCUGACUGAGCAGUUUGCCCCUCCAGAGGUGGCACCAUCUAUGCUGCUGAAGCUCCUUGAGGCCAUUGAGAAGAAAGGUCUAGACAACCCUACACUCUACAGAAACUUCACUGCUGGAGGAGGGCUGGAUGUCAGACAGUGCUUUGAUAGUGACCCUGCCUCGGUGGAUCUUGAGCAGAUGGACCUUCAGAUGUUAUGUGAUGGUCUUAGGAGGUAUCUGCAAGAUUUACCUCAGCCUGUCAUCCCCCCUGUUAUCUACAAUGAGAUGAUACGCAUCGCUCAAGAAGUUCAAGGUACAGAUGAAUGCGCACAACACUUGAGGCUGGUAGCCAGCUCAACUGCACUUCCUCCACAGUACUGGCUGACCCUGCAGAGCUUGCUGCGCCAUUUCUCCCAUGUUUGCCAGUCCUCAGCCGUCAACCUGCUCAGUGCUCGCGCCCUUGCUGAGAUCUUUAGCCCAGCACUCUUCAGACAUCAGCCCACAAGUUGUGAGCCCAGUCCAGAGGCACACAUCAGGAUAAUUGAAGUACUGGUGACUAGCGAAUGGAGUGACAGUCAGGCAGCUCCAGCACUACCUCCCAAGCCACCCAAACCAACGUCUGUCGCUAACAACGGUAUGAACAACAACAUGGCUCUGCAAGAUGCUGAAUGGUACUGGGGGGACAUCUCUAGGGAGGAAGUAAACGAAAAGCUUAGAGACACUGCUGAUGGUACAUUUUUGGUCCGAGAUGCCUCCACUAAAAUGCAUGGGGAUUACACUCUUACAUUGAGGAAAGGAGGUAACAACAAGCUGAUCAAAAUCUUUCAUCGCGAUGGCAAGUACGGCUUCUCAGACCCCCUGACCUUCAACUCUGUGGUUGAGUUGAUCAACCACUAUCGAACUGAGUCUCUCGCUCAAUACAAUCCCAAACUAGAUGUGAAACUACUGUAUCCUGUGUCCAAGCACCAGCAGGAUCAAGUGGUAAAAGAGGACAACAUCGAAGCUGUCGGAAAGAAGUUGCACGAAUACCACCAGCAGUUCCAAGAAAAGAACAGAGAAUAUGACCGACUCUAUGAGGAAUACACUAGAACAUCACAGGAAAUACAAAUGAAGAGGACUGCUAUUGAAGCUUUUAAUGAGACCAUUAAGAUCUUUGAAGAGCAGUGCCAGACGCAAGAACGAUACAGCAAAGAAUAUAUUGAGAAGUUUAGAAGAGAAGGCAACGAGAAGGAAAUCCAAAGGAUCAUGGUCAAUUAUGAGAAGUUAAAAUCUCGCAUCAGUGAAAUAGUAGACAGUAAACGACGUCUCGAAGAAGAUCUGAAGAAGCAGGCAGCAGACUACAGAGAGAUCGACAAGCGGAUGAACAGCAUUAAGCCUGACCUCAUCCAGCUUAGAAAGACCAGGGAUCAGUACCUCAUGUGGUUGACACAGAAAGGAGUCAGACAAAAGAAACUCAACGAAUGGUUGGGAAUCAAAAACGAAAACCAAGACGAUCAGUACUCAAUGGUGGAGGACGAUGAGGACUUGCCUCAUCAUGAUGAGCGCUCCUGGAAACUGGGUAACAUCAACCGCAUUCAAGCUGAGGCUCUUCUCCGGGGCAAGAGAGACGGAACAUUCCUGGUCAGGGACAGCAGCAAAGCUGGAUGCUAUGCCUGCAGUGUUGUUGUGGAUGGUGAGGUCAAGCACUGCGUCAUCAACAAGACACCGACAGGAUAUGGCUUCGCUGAGCCCUACAACCUUUAUAACUCUCUGAAAGAACUGGUAUUGCACUACCAGCACACGUCCCUGGUUCAGCACAAUGACUCUUUGAAUGUCACGUUAGCAUACCCAGUCUACGGACACCAGAGGCGGUGAGGACUAGUUGAACACACCUUUGGGACUCGUUACAAACAUGGGAGUUGAGAAAGGGCCUCCCCUCGAAUGGAGAUGCCUCUAGUAAGGCUGCUACAGAGGGCUGCUUUUUGCCUUCAAAUGACAAUGUCGGAAAGAGACAAGAAAGCAAAACCCAAAAGAAACAUUUCAGCCACUGAGACUUUUGCUAGUCUGAAUGUAGUGGAAACUGCUAACUAACUCUCCCAAAAUGGAGGACUUUGGAGGCCUUUUCCAAAUGGUGCUUGUUCAUUUCAAAGCUUUACCCGCUGCUGGAAUGUGGAACAUUGACUAAAGGAUGCGUCUUUUGUUUGUUUGUUUGUUUGUUUUUUACCUCCUCUACCCCUGUACCUGCACAGUUCAGGUCCCCUUAUUGUGUAUGUGUGUGUGUUUGCGUGUGUACGAGAGAAUGUGAUGUGACCAAAACUCACAGUAUCUGGAAGCUAUUGGGAUGUUCGACAUGUUAACGUGUAAUACUUACAAGAACAGACCAUGGAAUCAGCUGAUCAAAUGUAGCAAGAUGGCACUUUCGAAACAGUAUAUACUAGUUUUCCUGAUAGAGACUCCUACACAGAUGUCGACAUGACACGUCUCACCUGAAGGGAGCAGAGCGAAGACAAAGAAGUGAAUGAGAUGCUUGGCAUUUCAUUUGUGAGCAUUAUAGUGACAGACUCUAAAUCCAUUUCUGCUUUAUGGACUGGCAAGAAAGGAACUGAAAUGGACUUCAUGGUGUACAUAAAGAUAGCAUCAAAAGCUACAUGGCAAAACCACAUUGUACCAAAAAGCUCAGUUCCUUCUCAGUUUAAUUCUAAUCUGCUAUGCAAAUUCUGUACUUAUCCGCCUCCUCUGCAGAGUUGUGAUUUUAUUUUACAGGUUGCUACCCAUUAUAUAAACUUGUUUUUAUUGCUUAAAGUCUUUUUUUAUGUAUCAAAGUUGUUAUUUUACGUGUCAAAUGCCAAGAAAGGUGGCUUCGGUUUUACAGAGGAAGUAAGGAAAAAAGUAUUUUAUUACAUAUUCCUUUAUCAGCCGCUGGAUAUAUAAAAAGAGAGUAUUUUAUUAGUCUGUUUCACUUUCUCUUGGGCAGAGCCUGGGGGACAUUAGUGCUGCUUCUGUCUACAUUAACGGCAUAUAUAUGAACAACUUUCGCUAGAGCAAACAUUAACAAAUAAUCCAUGACAACUUCAGCUGGACGAUUAAUGUUACACCAACACAAUACUGCAGCUUCCUGAUAGAAUACAGAGGUUUAUUUUGUUAUAUUUGUUCCAUGAUCAAGGGCGUAUUGAUUUGAUCCAUUGGGAUGAUGUGGGGGACAAAAACAUUAGUUUUGGUGAUAAACGUAACUCCCUCUUGUUCCUUGUCAACAUAGUAUUUUUUCUGUAUCAGAAAAUCUUUAAUAGUGUUUACAAUGAUGGAUCAGCUCAGCUCGGCUAGUACCCAAUGCCACAUUUUCAAAAUUGUAUUACUUUGAUGCGACAAAGUCCAGUUGGACAAUAACGGCUGGCUACAGUAUUUUUUUGGACGGUAAGAUAUCUCACAUCAGUAUUGCUUUGCCUUCUGCUUUCGUCUUUGUUGCAGUUAUGGCAAAUGCAUUUGGUGUUUUUCAUAAAUAAGCAUCAAUUAAAUAACCCAGUUAUUAUUUGUUGGUCAAUUUUUUCAUUAAUACAUUUUGAUUUCUUGUUAUAACUAGGCCCGGUUGCCUUAAAGGAGUCAGUUAUCUGUUUAAAAAGAAGUUAAAUUUCACCAUUGUGAGUAGAAAGGUCUUUCAGAUCAGAGUUUCAAAGAGAAGGGUCGUUUUUUGCCACGUCUUUGCACACAAAUACCCUUCAUUAAUAUGAUUUGCCUCACAGUUUGGCAAAUAUGUCUCCAAUAAUAACGUUCUCACAGAGUUUCCUUCUUGACAAGUAAACCAGCAUGUUGUUUGAGACAAAUAUUUUAACUUCACAAGCCAUUUAUUAAAAUUAAAUGUCCCUCUAAACUUACACACUCAAUUUCAAAUUUAACAGAAACGUCUUCAUGAUAACUUAUCUGGGUCUUUUUUUUCUCUUCACUUCUUCUGUUGUUCUCUUCUAUUCAUGUCUGGCUUAAAGGCCACAAACUUCCGUGUUUCACAUUGUCAUGGUUGUCCUCUUUCUGCAGACACUGUUCUGAGAACUUUAGCAUUUUGUGAAUCCAUUUUUCUUUUCUUUUGAAAAUUGUAUAGUAUUGGUUUACAGACAUUGUUACCGCAAUGCUAAAUUUGAGAUUAACCAGUGUGUUCCAAUUCUUAAAAAAAUGCUUCAGAUCUGUAUUGGCUUUUUUUAAAAAGAAACAAGAUAAAUAAAAUGUUUUGAAAAAAGAUCCA